AUGGAACUCGAGCCCGCGAUCUUGCCUACGAAUUCGAACGGUACGUGCCGGUCGUCGAUUGCUCUCCGCUACCGCGCCCAAGACGCCUCCCUCGUCCCCCCCGUCUUCGCAAGCCACAGCUCGGUUAAGCCUCGCAAUGUCGACGUCGGAGUCAUUCUUAUUUGUCAAAUGGAUCCUGAUCCUAUUGCUCCUCCACUUACGGGCGUCUUGUCCGAUGUGACAUCCCGGCACCGCGUACCCCCUCCAGCAGAUUUGGCCCGGCAUUGCGAUCUAAUAAGAUUUAGGUUUGCAUUCGUGGAGUAUGAGAGCCGUCGCGAUGCUGAUGAUGCGUACCAUGAGAUGCACAACAAGAGGAUCGGUCGCGAUGACCUGCUGAAGAUUGAGGUACGUAUUAUCCGAUUGCUCCGCGUCAAUCGCGUUCUCACAACGUAUCAGUGGGCUCGAACUCCUCCUUCUGCUUCCUGGCGUUUCGACUCUGGUCGUGACCGCCGCCGUGACCGCACUCCUCCGCGCCGUGGUCGCUCUCCAUCCCCUCGACGUGGUCGUGACUACUCUCCCCGUAGAGAUGACAGGUAUGAACGCGAUUAUGACCGCCAUGAUCGGGAUUACGAACGUCGCGACCGUGAUUAUGAUCGUCGUGACCGUGACUACGAGCGUCGGGAUCGCGAUCGUUCCCGCGAUCGUUCCCGUAGCCCCGAUGAGAGAGAGCGGGAUAUCAAGGAUGAUCGGCCUCGUGACGAUGAGCGCGAAAGACGCGACGAUGAGCGCGAAAACGGCCCCAACGGCGAAGAGCGCAAGGAUUCCAUGACGUCUGCUCAUGAUGAGCUGGACACUGCUGAGUAG